AAUCUGACAGGUCGGACAGAGGAACCGAAGGACAAAAACAAAAAAAAAAAAGGCGGAACGCUUAGAUAGAUUUCCAUGCGCUCACAAAAACAGGAAAUAAGAGAGAGAGAGUUGUUCAGAUUUGUCGCUUUAUUGCAAUUUUCCGAAUUUCCUUUUUAUUUAUUGGUGGAUACUGGGAAGGGACGAGGACAUGGUGGGCUCAACAAAAGCCACUACUGAUCCUCAUCAUCAACAACAAUUUCUUCAUCAUCGUCAUCAUCAACUCAUGGACGGUGACGCCGAUGAUCAUCAUAACCAGCUUCACCAACAACAUGAUGGUGGUGCCGAUGAGGACGAGCCUUCCUCUUCUGGUGUUUCUUGCUCGAUUUGUCUUGAUACGGUGUCGGAUAAUGGUGGCAGAUCCAGGGCUAAGCUCCAAUGUGGCCAUGAAUUCCAUCUAGAUUGCAUUGGUUCAGCCUUUAAUAUGAAAGGGGCAAUGCAAUGCCCAAAUUGCAGAAAAGUAGAGAAAGGCCAAUGGCUUUAUGCAAAUGGUUCUACUCGUACUUUACAUGAUAUGAGCAUGGAUGAUUGGUUUCCUGAUGAUGACUUCUAUGAUCUAAGUUAUUCUGGAACGCCAUAUAGAAUUCACUGGUGUCCAUUUGGUGAAUUGGCACAAGUUGGUUCAUCUUUUGAGGAAGUAGAAUCUCCAUCAAACAACUAUCAUGACUUGAGGGGCCACCAUUCGAUAUAUGCUGAACACACUGCUGCAUCAUCGGUGGCUCAUUCUUAUGUUGCAUAUGUUGGACCAAUUCCUCCCAACUCAUCAAGGUCUAAUGGUAGCAUUGAUGAUCCUAACUUCAAUCAUCACUGGAAUGGCUUAUCUGGACGUCACGAGAUCUUCAGUGCCCAUGCUUUUCCUGCCAUCAAUAUUCAAUACCAGAGUUGGGGCCGCCGUUCCCCUCCUUUCUCUGUAUCUAGUAGCCACGCAAAUGGUGUUGACCCUGCUUCUGUUCCUCUGACGUUCAGAGCUUCUAAUGGUGAAUCAGAUACAAGAAUGCGACCCACAUCUUUUCCACAUCCAAUUCCAUUUGGUCAUGGGUCUGGUUCUUCAGCUGGCAGCUCAUUUGUAUCGUCUAUUUUUCCUCGGCAUCCAGGCAGCGGUGCUAGGACCCAUGAAAGGAUCCAGAUUGCCCAUGCUUUUCAACACCGUCAACAUUCUGGCAGUCCACCUGGUAUUCCACCACCCAUUGUUCAUGGUGUCAGGAGAUUUGAUGGUCCGAGGGGCUUGCACACAGUAGUGCCAGCACCCCCUCAACAUGAUCAUAGUGGCUUCUUAAUUAUUCCUCCAAGUUCAUCAGGCCAGAAUCUACAAGAACCAGAAAAUCAUUUUCAUGCAUGGGAAAGAGAGCAGUUACCUCAUCUACAACACGUGUCAUCUGAUAGGGACUCGGGUUGGGGAUCAUUUCAUCAGAGCAAUGGCGGUCCCAAUCCAGGCAACAGAUCUAGCAGCUUUUGGCAUAGGCACUGAUCGCAGAGGAACUGAUGUUGAGUGUGGUUGCAGAAGCUUAUUAUGGAAUUUAUCCCAUUUAUUGGAAACAUUAAUUAUAUGCAAUCAAAUGACAAACAAAGUUAUGUCACAAUCGGAACUGUUCUCAUUUUUGUAAAUUUGAUGAAAUUUGCAUCAUCACGUGGUUUUCUGAAACUGUAAAGUUAUUUUCUGAAUCAUGUGACUGUAUGAGGAGUCUAUUUAGUUCAUUAUUUUGGAAAACUUUUCA